GAUAGAAUUCAGUCGAUCCGCGAUCGCAGUCAGUUUUAAAAUAAUCUCAUGGUGGAUUGUGGAAGAGCAAUCACCAUGAACAAUCCCUCGUGUUCGUGAAUACUAUAAUUGCUAAUUGUCGGUAGGAGGAUCAGUCGGUAAUCUCGCUGGAUAAACGAUGUGAAAUUUACCUACGACCAGAAUGAUACCACGUCGACCGCGCGACUCUGCUGCCGGGGCAAAUGGGAUCUCCGCAUCCGCCAACGCGGUGCGGAAUCCGUUACGUGGUCGUACCGUCGCGCCGCGCUCUUGUCCUGCUUGUCCAGCGUUAUCGUGGGGAGGCGACACCGGGGUGUCGCGGUCGCGCGUGGUCCCCGAACCCGAACUCACCGUCACCGAUCCCUUCGCGAAGACGCUCCCAGCGACGAUGACGUCCCGUCACGAGAAGGAGCGCGCCAAGCAGAUCCAGGAAAAAUGUCAGAAUCUGCUGACGCAGAUGCUACGCGACGAGGAUAACAAGUACUGCGUCGACUGCGACGCGAAAGGACCAAGAUGGGCUAGCUGGAACUUGGGGAUUUUCUUAUGUAUUCGAUGUGCUGGUAUUCACAGAAACCUCGGGGUACACAUAAGCAAAGUAAAGUCUGUUAAUUUAGACACAUGGACACCAGAACAAGUAGUGAGUUUACAACAAAUGGGCAAUUCUCGUGCCAGAGCAGUCUACGAAGCCAAUCUUCCAGAUAGUUUUCGAAGACCUCAAACGGAUUGCAGCCUAGAAAGUUUUAUUCGGGCAAAAUAUGAACAUAAAAAAUAUAUAGCUAGAGAAUGGGUGCCACCUCCUUUACCAAAAGUAAAUUGGGACAAAGAACUUGAUGAAGAAGCCGAAAGACAACGUAGACGAAAAAAGGAAAGUACGGAAGCUACAUCGACUGUACUUCCACCUGUAAAAAAGCCGGAAGUAGUGCCUCAAUUGCCAAAACCUCGAAGUUCUGUCAGUCCUAAAUUGGGCAGAACAAAAGAAAGUUCUGCAAUCCUCGAUCUCUUAGGUCUUGAUGCACCAGCAACUAACCAAACAAAUGUAAAUGGUUCUGGAGACGACGUAUUUUCUUCCUUUUUGUCUGCACCGCCUGCUUCGGUACCUUCAACUGGAAAUGACGCUUCUAAUGGAAGUAAAACAACCACUAUCGCAAGUAAAAGCGAAGAGGAAAGCUUCUUUAACCAACCGACUCCGCUACCUCAGGAAAAAAGCAAGAUGACAAAAGACAGUAUUUUAGCAUUAUACGGUACUCCGAGUCAUCAACCAGCGAUUUAUGGUGUCUCAGGGGGAGUGUAUCCUCAACACUCCUUACCAUAUAAACAGCAAAUGCCUAAUGUGGGUGCAUUUGGGCAACAAAGCCCUUUGAAUCAACUUGGCCAACUUCCUACGCAAAUGCCGGUUACAAAUCAGAUACCUGUCAAUCAAAAUCAGAUUAUAGCGAAUCCUAAUUCGAUAGGUGUUAUAGGAGCCAAUCCUUUAGGCUUGCAUAUAGGACAAAUGAAUCAACUAAAUGGUGUACCUAAUGCUGCCAUUACAAUGCCACCUCAAAUGAUGAUGCAAUUAGGACAAAGUAAUGUUGCUAGUAAUAAUGGAUGGAGUGGAAUGCUGACACAGAAUAUUCAACCAGCUCCCGGCAGCAAUCCUUUCUUUAAUUUAACAGCACAGCAACAACAAAGCACUGCAUUUGCUGCUCAGUUGCCACAACAAAUGUCGCAGAUGUCCCUGGGCGAUAUGAACUUUGCCUCUACGACGGGCAAACCUGCCACUGCUGCGAUACCCGGGCAGACGCUUUCCACCAACUUAUGGCAGUAAAAUUAUUGCGGAUAUUGUUAGCCUGUUGAUUGUCUCAUUCAGUGUUGUGUACUAAUGUUGACAGUUUAUUAUCCAAUGUAAUAACGUUUCCAUGUUCACCGAUUGGACAUUGCUUCGGAAAGUAAUAGAACUGACGAUGGGGACACAAAAAUGAAAAAAAAGAGCAUCUACUCGAAUGCUGUCUCAACACAUAAAUUCAAUGUUUAUAGUGCUUCAAGUAGAUAUAUAUUUUUGUUUGAAAGCCUUCAUGAGCUUUCAAUGUUACUGUUGGGGGAAAAAAACCGAAAUAAAAAUAAGACAAGUCUUUGACUGAAUGUAAGAAGUUCUUUGUGUGACACUAAAUAUGUACCUCAUGGUGCAAAUUAUGUAACUACAAUAAGAGCUUCUUGUAAUUGCGAUUAUAAUAUAUGCCAGGGUCCACUUACAACAAAGUAUUCAUUCGAAUCAGUAGAGAGAAACGGUAUAAUUUUGAUUAAUUAGUAUUUCGUUGCUAUGAUUGUUAUGCUAAAAUGUGUUCGUGAGUGUUAUUCGUGAGAGUUAUUCGUAAAAAUGGAAAUCCUGCGAUUGACGUAAAGUAAAUUUUCUCGUAUUGAACAGCAUCGAAAGUUGAAUUUACUGGAAUUAUACCGAUUUCAAACGCUGAUUCAAAUCAAGAUGUACACGAAUAUGUACAAGUUUCGUUAGAAACGUAAAAAGACUUGGAUCUUCAACUUUAUUUUUAAGGUAUAUCCGACACGUGCAAUAUGUGUCUACAUUUAUUCUAUAUUGGUAAAUAAAUACAAAAUAAUAUAAAUGCAAGAUAUAACGCAUUUUACAUUUGAGUAAGGUAUAGAAUAUAUUACUGUUGCGACAAUGAUUUAAAUAGUUCGGCAAUUUAUUAUGAAUCGCGAUAUCUACGAAUCGUGAGAAAAAUUCGUAAGUCAUACACUGGUGCUAAGAAUUCCGAAGCAUCCUGAUUGAGAGAGAAAAAGUACGUCAAAUUUUAGUUAAGUUGAUUAUAAUAUAUAAAAAUCAUACCUUCUAUAAGUGUUCUUUUAAAAAGAAAAUUUUGAGAAGAUACUUUGCGAUUUGGCACGUAAUUAGAUAAUAUAUAUAUGUAUAAUUUAUUGCAUAAAUUAUUGAUUAUGCUUGUCUAUGUAUUAUCAUGAAACGAUCACAUAUUAUGAACAACAGUUUUUAUUAAUACAUUAUUCAUAUGCGGAGAUAAAUUUAUUUAGUAUGUGGGAGGCACUACUAUACUUAGAUGUAUAAUCACAACCUGUCUUUCAAAGUACCGAUAAUGAUGAUUAUGCAGACUAUCUAAGCAUUGCGCAGAUUUUCUCAUUUACAGGUUCUACAUAGGGUUACAGUAAUUUACAAUGAGUUAAUAAGUUCAGAAAUGUGAAUGAAAUAAUCUUAUUCUUCAUGAUUUUAUGUUACUUUCAACGACUUGAUUGCCAAUACACAAAAGUUCAAAUCUAAUUUCCAAGGAACCUGUAGUCGAGAAAAAAAGAGCGCGACACAUAAGGAUAUUGCAAAACGCAGUAUUUUUGACAAGUAUUUGCGUUAAUGUAAACAGAUAAAUCACUCUAAGUGAUUCCUGAUAAUGAAAGCUAUACCAAGAGGGACUUAAAGGAAGCUCAUUUUAAUUGUUGCCUACAGUAUCAAGCUGUUAUUUAUAUGAAUUAUUAUUAUUAUAAGUGAUUAUGAAAUAGUGUACUUGUGUCAAAAUAUAAUGACAUUUUAUUGUAA